AUGUGCAGAAAGCAAAUUAGAAAAAAUAAAUUAGAAUAAUUUGCAACUUAAGAUGUUAUGAAAUUAGUAUCUAGCAAUUAUAAUCUUAAUUGUUUAGCUGAAAAGGUUUAUAAGGAUUUUAUCUAUGUACAUUAUUCUAUUGAGAUUAGACAUAUCAACACAAAUUAGAUCAAAAUGAUUAUGAUGUGUUAAAAUUGAAUCCCAUGAGAUUGUGUAAAUCUUUUGGAUUUGAUGUGACUCCAAAAUUCAAAAUUGAAUAGUAAAUUUAAUAGCCUAUGAAUAUUCUAGAUUUCAGAUUAAAAUCAAGUAAGGAAUACCCACAAAAAUAAAUUAAGACUAGUAAGACCAGUUAGACUAAGUCAAAAAAUAUAAAAAAAGAUUCUAAAGGUAGUUAAUUCAAAAAAACAAAAAAACUGA